AUGGUUGCCAAGAACAUCUUUCGCCGGGAUGAUCACUUGGAAUCAUACGCUUGUCUCGUCAGGUGCUGUGGUAACGCGAAAGAUCUGAGCGAUGCUCGCAAGAUCCACGCUUUGAUCGAAGGAACCCAUUACAAGAACAACGUCUACAUUGCGAAUCUCCUCGUCCAAAUGUAUGGCAAAUGCGGGAGCUCUGGCGAUGCACGCAGCGUGUUUGAUUCCAUUCUCACCGCCAACUCCUUUUCGUGGACAAUCCUGCUCCAAGCCCACAUUCACAACCAGCAGCUCCACGAGGCCAAGCGCGUUUUCGAUUCCAUGCCCGGGAAGAAUGUAGUGACUUGGAAUGCGCUUCUUUCGGCAAAUGCCAAAAUCGGGCAAAUUCAUGAAGCGAGGCUUGUUUUCGAUCGAAUUCCAGAGUGGGACGUUGUUUGCAUGAAUGCUAUUGUCACUGGGUUGGCGAGAUCUGGAAUGAUCAUCCAGGCUAGAAACCAAUUCGAAAACGUGCCUGAGAGAGACUCUGUGUCGUGGAAUGUGAUUAUUUCGGCAUAUGCUCAAGCUGGAGAUUUUCUUGAAGCAAAGAAGCUGUUUGACAGAAUGGAACGAGACCAUGAUUCUCAAAAGAGACUGAGCAAUCCAGUCCUAUGGAACUCUAUGAUCGUUGCGCUCAGUGCGGAGAUCUUGAUGGAGCACAAAAGUUCUUUGCGAGGAUGGCGCAGAGAGAUUGCGUGUCGUGGGCAACACUUAUCAACUCUUUUGCGCAGCAUGGCUGCACUAAUCUAG